AUGAAGGACGAUGCAAUACCAGCCUGUGGGGACCGAGGGACACACUAUCAGACCACUUCACUCUUUAAGGAGCCCUGGAUGUGCAGCUCCAAGUCAAAGGCUAUGAGACGCCAGCAGCCCCAGGUCUGCCCAGUCACCCCACAGUCAGAGGAGAUGAUCUCAUGGCUCACCAUUCAUAGCACCUUGGCAAAGUUGUGGUUUAACGAAAUGCUUCAGGGGACUUCUCAUGGCUCAGAUCAGUGGCUCUCAACGGAUUUCCCACAGGUCAACCGCCUACUCAACCUGUAUCUGCGGGCCUCCUACACCUACCUCUUUCUGGGCUUCUAUUUCGACCAUGACGAUGUGGCCCUGGAAGGCAUGGGUCACUUUUGCAAGUUGGCUGAAGAGAAACGCGAGGGCGCCCAGUGUCUCUUGAAGAUGCAAAGCCAGUGUGGCGGCCACGCCGUUUUCCAGGACCUGCAGAAGCCUUCUCAAGACGAGUGGGGUAAACCUCAGGAUGCCACGGAAGCCGCCACGGUCAUGGAGAAGAAUCUGAACCAGGCCUUUUUGGAUCUUCAUGCCCUGGGUUCUGCCCACGCAAACCCCCAUCUUUGUGACUUCCUGGAGACCCACUUCCUAGACGAGGAGGGGAAACUCAUCAAGAAGAUGGGCGGUCACCUGACUAACCUUCGCAGGCUGGCCUGUCCCCAAGCUGGGCUGGGUGAAUAUCUCUUUGAAAGGCUCACCCUCAAGCAUGACUAAGAGCCUUUGGAGCCCAGAGGCUUUUGAGGGGGCCCCUCAGCA